AUGAAGCUCCUGGGGGUUGCCUUCUUUUUCCUAGCUGUACUCUGUGUUUGCACUGUGGGAGAAGGUGGUAUUUCAGCCAGUACUGUCAAAGCAAUUGUUCCUGUAUCAACUUCAAAAUCUGUAACAGAAGCUGUGAAUGGAUCAGCUUCACAAGCAACAACAGCGCAAGUGCCACUGAUGGCAGCAACUGCAAUCAGAGCUACAAAUGAAUCCAUCACAAGCAACUCCACGUCUUCACCUAGUGCUACAGAACAAACAACACAAGGUACAGCAAUGCAACCACCAGUAAAAGCGACCACUCCAGCAACAAAUAAAACUGACAGCACAACAAACACUACACAAGCAAGUGGAACACAAUUGGCACACAAUGAGAGUUUGGAUGCUUUAUCUACCAAGGCAUGGUCUUUUUCUUCUACAACCUGUCUACAAAAAAAGACUACUUCUCCCGGAACCUCAGGCCUUCACGUGAGCUCCCAAACAGAAUCAACAAGUUUUGGCAGUCACGGAAGCAGUUCUGGAAACAAGAAAGUGCCCGGGCAUGAUAUCCAUUAUUCUAGCAUUAUCUUGCCAAUUGUCAUCACCUUGAUAGUCAUUACCCUGUCUGUCUUCUCGCUGGUGGCUUUGUACAAAAUGUGCCAAAAGAAAACUCCAGAGAGACAAGAGAACGGCACUGAACAGGCCCAGUCAGAUAAAGAAGGGGUCAAACUUCUUUCUGUGAAGACAACUUCUCCUGAGACUGAUGCAUAA